UAAGAUCAAUGCUACUCUCCAACACUUACUGCUAGCUUCUAAAGCCUCUUUCUACUGACUGCUAGCUUCUAAAGCCUCUCUCUCUCUCUCUCUCAUAAAUUGCACAGAAACACCGAGCAGCACCUUCAGUUGGAACAAUGAACAGAGUAAUCGCGAGAAAAGCUUCAGCUGCUGCUAAAGAUAAUGCUUUUAAAUCGAAAGUUCCUCUAAGGAACUUUUGUAGUGGUGCUGCUGCUGUAAAUACACCUUCUAGCCACAAUAAUAAUAAUAAUGAGGACAAGGACAAACAGAGUUCUACUCAUACAGUUCAACCAUAUGACAUUGCUAUUGUUGGAGGAGGCAUGGUUGGCAUGGCUUUUACUUGUUCCUUGGCAACCACACCAUUGACAAAACAUUUGAAUGUUGCAAUCAUUGACAGCAAUCCUGCUCUGGGAAGUAAAUUCAGCAUCAAUAGAGAGGACUCACCUGAUCCAAGAGUCAGUACAGUCACACCAGCAACUAUAUCUUUUUUUAAAGAUAUUGGUGCUUGGCAAUAUGUUCAGCAGCAUCGACAUGCAUAUUUUGAUAAGAUGCAGGUAUGGGAUUAUACUGGCUUAGGAUACACAAAAUACAGUGCAAGAGAUGCAAACAAAGAUAAUUUGGGUUGCGUGGUGGAGAAUAAGGUGCUUCAUAGCUCACUGCUCUCACGUGUUGAGGAUACUGAUUUCCAAAAGACAAUCUACCCUUCCAGGUUAACUACAAUGUCUCUACAUCAAAGCUCUUCCUCCACAGAGGUGGACAGCACAUCAUCAGCAGAGGCAUUGUACAUUAAGGGACGUCUGGCGAAGCUGGAACUAAGUGCUGGCAGCAGCCUAUAUGCAAAGUUGGUGGUUGGAGCUGACGGGGGCAAGUCACAAGUUAGAGAAUUAGCGGGAUUUAAAACAACUGGGUGGAACUACUCACAGAAUGCGGUUAUCUGCACUGUCGAACACUCUGUAGAAAAUCGAUACGCAUGGCAACGGUUUCUCCCAUCAGGUCCAAUUGCACUUCUGCCAAUUGGGGAUAAAUUUAGCAACAUAGUUUGGACUAUGAAUCCAAAGGAAUCAUCAGAUUGCAAAUCAAUGAAUGAAGAUGAUUUUGUGAAAGCUGUAAACCAUGCUCUAGAUCAUGGAUAUGGUCCUCAUCCGAAGUCGAGCUUAUUUGAUGGUGCAAACAUGUUUACAUGGCUCAGUGGAAAUUCAGUUGUGUCAGCUAAUGAAUCUUUUGAAGUUCCUCCAAAAGUGGUCAAAUUGGCUUCUGCUAGGCUGGCAUUUCCUUUGUCCUUAAUGCAUGCUAAGAAUUAUACAUCAAAACGUAUUGCUCUGAUUGGCGACGCAGCACAUACAGUGCAUCCUUUAGCUGGGCAAGGAGUUAACUUGGGUUUUGGAGAUGCAUUUGCUCUUUCAAGAAUCAUUGCCGAGGGCAUUGCUGUAGGAACAGACAUUGGGGAGGUAUCACUCCUGAAAAAGUACGAAGCAGAAAGGAAACCAGCAAACGUGACCAUGAUGGCAAUUUUGGAUGGUUUCCAGAAGGCAUAUUCGGUCGACUUGGGACCUCUAAAUAUAUUACGUGCUGCCGCAUUUCACGGGGCACAUCACAUUUCACCACUUAAGAGGAGUAUAAUUUCAUAUGCCUCGGGCGAGCAGAGGCUGCCCCUAUUCUCUUGAGAGCAUUGUUGUUGAUAUCCGAAAUUCUCCAGAUUUUAUACACCAUAAUAAAUUAAAUUCUCCCCCCAUGCUUGUACAGUA